AUGCACAUCACAAUACCUGAAAUCAACUUGCAAUUACCAGAAAGUAUACGGCAAUUGUUGUCUAAACCAGCAGAAGAAUCAAAAGUGGUGAGUGACUCUGUUCAAAAGACAGAAUCCAACCAACAGAAAACAGAAGGAGAAGGCAAUGGCAAUAACAAUGGCAAUGAUGAGACAGCAGCAGCAGCAGCAACUGUGGCAGGGUUAGCUGCCUACUUGAACGAAGAAAGUGAAGACGAGAGUGAGGAUGAGGAUGAAAAGAAGAACAAAAAGAAAAAGAAGAAGCGACAUGACUAUGGCAUCACUGCUCAAGAUGAACAACUCAUGAUGUUGACUAAGAAACUGAUUGAAAUUCGCAGUAUUCUCAUGUCGAUUGAUCAUAACGAAACCCUCAAAUUACCUAGUAUUGUUGUCAUCGGGUCACAAAGUUCCGGUAAAAGUUCUGUACUCGAAGCCAUCGUAGGACAUGAAUUCCUUCCCAAAGGCAGCAAUAUGGUGACACGCAGACCUAUUGAAUUAACACUAAUUCAUACACCAAAUCAAGAAGAAGAAUAUGGUGAAUUCCCCAACUUGGAAUGUGUGUCUGAUAAACCCAUUGAACUGCGAGUGUAUUCGCCCAAUGUGCCUGAUUUGACAUUGAUUGAUUUGCCUGGCUAUAUCCAGAUUGCUAACCGCAAUCAGCCCGAAACCCUCAAGCACAAAAUUGAAGAUUUAUGUGAAAAGUAUAUUCGUGGCCCUAAUAUCAUUCUGGCUGUCUGCAGUGCCAAUGUCGAUUUGGCUAAUUCACCUGCUUUAAAAGCGAGCCGAAAAUGGGAUCCCCUUGGUCUUCGUACGAUUGGAGUGAUUACCAAGAUGGACUUGGUACCACCUCAAGUUGGUGCUGCCAUCCUUCGUAACACUGACUACUCUCUUCAUUUGGGUUAUAUUGGCGUUGUUUGUAAAGCGCCCGACAAUCUUUCAGAAGAAAACAUGACACAUGCCCUGAUAAAGAACGAAGAAGCCUAUUUUAGAUCCCAUUUGUUGUUCAACCAACGUGAUAUUCAAGUAGGCACUGCCACAUUACGACAUAAGCUCAUGAACGUCUUGGAGCAAAGUAUGGGUAAAUCACUCUACAGUAUUGUAGAUGCUGUUCAGCGCGAAUUAGAAGAAGCCAAGUAUCAGUUUAAAGUUCAGUACAAUGACCGCAGAGUGACAGCUGAAUCUUAUGUUGCUGAAACAAUGGAUUGCUUAAAGCAUGAUUUCAAAGACUUUGCAAAUAACUUUGGCAAGCCACAAGUUCGCCAUGAAAUUGCCGAGUUACCUAAGGCUUCUUCGGAAGAUAUUUAUUGGCUUUACAAGGUUGAUUUUGCUGCUGCUGCUCUUACAAAGAGUGGCAUAGGCAGAGCCACCACGCAAUUGGUGGUUGAUGUCUUGAUGAGCAAUAUGGAAAGGCUAGCCAAUGCAGAAUCUUUUGUCCGUCACCCAGAAACACGCAAACAGAUCAUGAACUUUGCAAAUGAAAUCCUUCGAACCAAGUUUGUGGCUACAAGUGAUCAAGUCGAAAACACUAUUAAACCCUACAAGUUUGAGGUUGAAGUGACAGACAGUGAAUGGAACGAAGGUGUCAAACGCUCUAUUGCUUUACUUGAAAAAGAACUUGAUAUGUGCGAUGAAAUGGCGAAUUCCAUCAAGAGUUCUGUUGGUAAAAAGAAACUAAAGAGUGCCGUGAACUAUGUCCUAGACUCAGAAAGUCGCCAAGAAAAAACCGAAAGACUCCAUGCAACCGAAGAGGAAGAAGAGGAGGAAGAAGUCAAGUCGUUUUAUAAUCCUAAAUUAUUAGAAAAAGCAAAAGAAGCCAUUUAUCUUCGAGAUCGAGCCAUGAUUCUCAAGUAUCGAAUUGCAGCUUUAAAGAGUAGACAAUGCAAGUCUUCCGAGAACAAACAGUACUGCCCUGAGGCAUUUUUGAAUGUGAUUGCUGAAAAGUUGACUUAUACGGCUGUCAUGUUUAUCCAAGUCGAGUUAUUGAACGAGUUUUUCUUCCAGUUCCCUCGCGAAGUGGAUAAUAGAUUGGUCUACCAAAUGGAUCGCCGUCAGAUUCAACAAUUCGCGCGAGAAAAUCCGCCAAUUCAGAAGCAUCUUGAUCUACAAGAGCGUAAAACCAAAUUAGAAGAUGUGAUGGAUAAACUAAACUACCUUGUUAAAAGACAGGCUGACAGGCAAUUUUCCAGAUCCUCCUCUAAUAACGCCUAUUAA